CUCACAACGAAUAGCAAGCUGUUAUUGAGUAUCAUACAAACACCAUUAUCUCUCGUUCUUUUCUUUCCUGGACACUUUUGCCACGAGGCUUUGUUCACUUUGACUGGCGAAAGUAUGUCAGUGGGUUACAUUGACACCAGCGCGGGGCAGGAGAAGAGGAGGAGCCGGUGAACUGGGUCACAUGGUUGCACAGUCCUCGCUGCUCGGAACAGUCGCCGCAAAACCAGUCCACCGCUCAACCGGAGUUGCGCCCUGAACGCACCUUCUUCCUGUAUCGUCUUUGAAUGGAACACGGCUUAUUUAAUUUUUUUUCACGGUAACUAACUUCCACCGACACUAGUCGCGCUGCGGUACAGUGAGAAGACGCGUCGCCACGAAGGAGCUGCCGUUCAACAGCCGUUUAAGCAGCUUCGGUUUGAUGUGUGACAUUUUCUUUUCUGUGAAGUUACGUAUUCACGAGUAGCUUUUACAGCCUUUUGUCGAGUUUGACCUUUUUUGAAUGCUGUAGUUUGUGCGGACAGUUCUUCAACCGGGACCAAGCAGCGACUUUUCAGUUGCUGACUACUAAAACAGAAACACGGCUUCAGCACUGAGGUAGCAGAGGAGGAGGAAAAGCCCCCAAACCUAAAGGACAUGGAGUCAACCAAAGCUGCAGGCGUGAUAGCCUACAUCAGCUCAUCCAGCUCCUCGUCCAGCCCAGAGUCCUGCCACAGCGACUCCUCCAAUGGCAGCUACCAGUCGUCCUCCCCGCCCCACAACUCGCCCAGCCACCGCCACCUGCUGGCUCAGACGACUGACUCCACGCUCCGCACCAGUGGGCCGAACCUUCCAGGGAAAAAUGCUCGCUCCUCCUCCGCAAAAAGUGGCAUCACAAAAAUCAACGGUCUGGUGCUGCUUUGUAAGGUCUGUGGCGACGUGGCCUCUGGUUUCCACUAUGGUGUUCACGCCUGUGAGGGCUGCAAGGGCUUCUUCAGGAGGAGCAUCCAGCAGAACAUCCAGUACAAGAAGUGCCUUAAGAAUGAGAGCUGCCCCAUCAUGAGGAUCAACAGGAACCGCUGUCAGCAGUGCCGCUUCAAGAAAUGUCUGAUGGUGGGGAUGUCCAGAGACUCUGUGCGUUUUGGACGAAUCCCAAAGCGGGAGAAACAGCGCAUGUUGCUGGAGAUGCAGAGUGCCAUGAACAACAUGAUGAACAACAGCCAGCUGCACAGCAGCCAGGAGUUAGCCGUUGACAAACCCCUUCAGGCCAAUGCUACAGAACCUUUGUCUGAGGACCCAGGCCCCACACCGUCGUGCUCCCCACCCUCCUCGCCACGCUCCAGCCAGUCGGACUCCAGCUUGGACCGCGAGCCUGCUGUGGCAAUGGACACCGGCUCCAGCUCGGACUCCCCAAGUGCAUCUGACAGUGGGGAGGAGGAGGUGAUCGGAUCAGUGACCAGGGCUCACCAGGAGACCUUCAUGUACAACCAGGAGCAGAGCAGUCUGUCAGCUGAGGCUCCAAGUGCCUCAAGGUCCUUGAACAAUGGCUCUGCCCAGAAUACCACUAUCCACCAGACAGGGGAUCAGCAGGAGACCUGGAACCAACAGAACAACCUGGUCACCUUAGCAGCACAGAGCCCCUCCUCCGGCCAGGGCCCUCAAGUUACAGAGGACAACAAUUCCAACCUCUGUCCUUUCAAGCUGUCUGGGAGCACCGUCAGCCACUGUCCAACUUACAUACACGGAGCUUUCAGAGGUGCAGCUAUACAGGGAGCCACCAACAGGGCUUACACUGGGCCCCUGUGGAGAGGAGGCAACAGGAUGCAUCUGGUUUGUCCAAUGAACACGUCUCCUCACGUGGACCCUCAGAAAUCUGGUCACGAGGUGUGGGAGGAGUUCUCCCACAGCUUCACCCCUGCUGUCAGGGAGGUGGUGGAGUUUGCCAAGAAGAUCCCAGGCUUCAGAGACCUGAGUCAGCAUGACCAGGUUAGCCUCCUGAAGGCGGGCACCUUUGAGGUGCUGGUGGUUCGCUUUGCUUCUCUUCUCUUCGAUGUGAAAGAACGCACCGUGACCUUUCUGGGUGGGAAAAAGUACAGCGUGGACACUCUGAGGGCCAUGGGGGCCAGCGACCUCCUUAACUCCAUGUUUGACUUCAGUGAGAAGCUCCUCAAUCUGGGCCUCAGUGGGGAGGAGAUGAGCCUCUUCACCGCUGUUGUGCUGGUCUCUGCAGAUCGUUCUGGCAUCGAAAACGUGAACUCUGUGGAAGCCCUGCAGGAGACGCUGAUCCGUGCACUGAGAAGCCUCAUAACCAAGAAUCACCCCAAUGAGUCGUCCAUCUUCACCAAGCUGCUGCUCAAACUGCCUGACCUGCGCUCGCUCAACAACAUGCACUCAGAGCAGCUGCUGGCCUUCAAGGUCCAUUCCUGAAGCUUCCUCCUCUACUUGACCCCCAUGCUCACAACACAAACUGUUCAGCUGGCCCCUUGGACCACGCAACCAAACACACCUUUACACUUCUCCCAUGAGCCUUUGGGUUCAUCUUUUCUUCUGUCUGUGCAUGGAACUAAAGCUGAAAGCUGACAAUAAAAGGGGGAACACAUAAUAUAACGUUAUCGUACUGUAGGGCGUGACUGCCUGUGAGAUGGUAUUGCAUACAUACAGACACAUUGAUUGAUGUACAUGUUUCUUGUGUUUGUGUGUAGCAUACUGUAUGUUUGCAAGUACAAACAUUAGAAGCACUUUUCUGUAUAGUGUAGUUGGUAUCUUUGCAUUCAUAGUGCAAUAUGUGACUGCUUUUUGAUUUGGUAGAUAUGAGUAGAAUAGCGUUUGCGUUGAGUAUUUUAGUGGCACACAUUUAAUUUGAACAAACGCUGUGCUCAUACGAGGAGAGGUAAGUUGUCACCCCUCCUCCCCCGGACACUGAAUGACUGACGAGGGUGGUUCCUCUUUAAAAACAAACAGCAAAGGACAGUGAGAGCUGUGUGUAUGUGUAGCUGCCUAGAGUUACUGCUUUAUCGUGUGGUCAAAGAGAAAUUCCAGAAUGAUUAUUUUAAUGUUAAAGUGUGGCUUGGAUAUAUUUGGGAAGAGUCUUUUUUUAGGUGUUCUCAUGCAGUUCUGUAUGUACUGAGUUUGGUGAGUGUUUAAAAGUGGGCAUUGUGACAAAUCAUGUAUCGGUGUGUCUUGCUUUGUGACCAGUGAAAUCCAGUUCAGAAUUAGUUUCCCUUUCUAUAAGGACAGUCCCAAGUCAUGUUACAUUUCAUUAUCAUGUAGCUGUUGGUCACUGGACAAAGUCUCACAGUCACAAAACCCUGACACUUGCUUGAAGUAAACCUUUCUGUUAGAAACCUGUGUAGGCUUUAGCUUAGUAGAGAUAAACUGAGUACAUAGGACUGGUCCACACAAAACAUGAUUGUGAUAUCACUGAAGUGAUUGUAAUUUAAACACAAGUCAGGUCGGGGUGACAUGUAAAUUGCUGUUAAAAUAUUUUUGCUAUGCUACCUUUUUGAUCCCUGUCCAUAAAUCCUGAAUGUCUGAUCUUUCAUGUCUAAAUCCGCUGUCAUGUUUGUUGCUGAUUGGGUUCUCUUCUAUGUAAACAGAUUACAGUAUGCAUAGAUUUCUAUAUAAAUAUACCAUGACUAUACAUAACUAAAUAGAUGAAUAUAUCUAUAUAAAUAAAUUUUAUAAAUGCACAAAGUG